GAAGAUGCAGAAAGCGUGGUUCUUUGAAGAGUAUGGUCCCAAGGAAGUCCUCAAGCUGGGGGACUUCCCGCUUCCUAUUCUUCAGCCUAACCAAUUACUUGUUCAAGUUCGUGCUGCUGCUUUGAAUCCAAUCGAUUUCAAGAGACGCCAACGACCCAUCUUCCCUUCAGACUUCCCUGUUGUUCCCGGCUGUGACAUGGCCGGAGUGGUGGUCGGCAAGGGUGAAGGUGUCAUGAAAUUUAGUAUUGGUGAUGAGGUUUAUGGAAACAUCCAGGAUUUCAAUGCUGAAGGGAAGUUGAAGCAGCUCGGAACGUUGGCGGAGUAUGUUGCCGUGGAAGAGACCUUGGUUGCACUGAAGCCCUCAAACCUUUCCUUCGAGGAGGCAGCCAGCUUACCAUUAGCAGUUCAGACUGCAAUCGAAGGAUUCAUAACCGCUGGUUUCAAGGAGGGACAGUCCAUUUUCAUAGUUGGUGGAGCCGGCGGAGUUGGAACCUUGGCUGUUCAGCUGGCCAAGCACGUCUAUGGCGCUUCUCGGGUGGUAGCGUCGUGCAGCGCCCCAAAGGUGGAGUUCGUCAAGAGCCUGGGCGCUGACCUAGUCAUCGACUACACAAAGACCAAAUAUGAAGAAAUUCAGGAAAAAUAUGAUUUCCUUUACGACACCAUUGGAGACACUAAGAAUUCCUUCGUUGUGGCGAAGGAUGGAGCACCGAUUGUGGAUAUAACAUGGCCUCCAUCACACCCCAGAGCAGUAUAUUCGAGCUUGACUGUUUGCGGGAAGAAUCUAGAGAGCCUUUGGCCAUAUCUAGAGAGCGGGAAGCUCAAGGCCGUGCUCGACCCAACUGGUCCUUAUCGUUUCACUGAUGUGAUCGAAGCUUUCCGAUACCUUGAAACUGGUAGAGCCAGAGGAAAAGUCAUCAUCAUCAUCUCUCCAUCAGCUCUUCCCUCCCUUGUUCCAUGUGAUCAGACCAACAAAACUAUUACACCUGAAAUGAUGCCUCAGCUUCAGGAGAUGGCUGUUCAUUGAUCCACAUGAUAAUUCAGAUCAUCACAAAUUAUAAAACGUAUAUAUAUAUAUAUAUAUAUAUAUGUUCUGUACUCGAGCAUGAUAUCUAGCUAGAUGUUAAUUUAAUUUCCUGGUUAUAAUAAGAAGUAUAUAUAGAAUUGAAUGUUUU